AUGUCGGUGGCUACUAUGCUGCAGCCGGCAUCGAGGGCCUCGACAUCGUCCUCAUCUUCUUUUCAGCCUGUCUCCCGACAAAACACCAUGUCUUCUCACGAGGCUCGCUCGGCCCGCGCGUCGAAGCGCAUUUCGGUCACCGCCCUGUACCUGUCCAUGUCCGCAAAGGACAAGGACUUGGAAAUCUCUGAUGAGCUGGCAAAAGUCCAGAAAUACCUCCGAGAACUAAAGGCCAAGAUUUCUUCUCAGUCGAAAAAGAACUUUGUCUUGGAAAAAGAUGUUCGCUAUCUCGAUUCGAGAAUCGCCUUGCUUAUUCAAAACCGAAUGGCCCUAGAAGAACAAAAUGAGGUCGCCAGCCACCUCGAAGACCCCCUCGAUCUUCAAGAAGGUUACUUUCCCAAUGAUGACAAAACACAAAAAUAUGGAAACCUUCUCUUCCUCCUCCAAACUGAACCGAAACACAUCGCCCAUCUCUGCCGGCUUGUCUCCAUGUCGGAAAUCGACUCCCUCCUGCAAACCGUCAUGUUCACAAUUUAUGGCAAUCAAUACGAGAGCCGCGAAGAGCAUCUGCUGUUGACCAUGUUCCAGUCCGUUCUUACCUACCAGUUCGACAACACGCCCGAAUACUCAUCCCUUCUCCGUCAAAACACACCCGUCUCACGCAUGAUGACCACCUAUACCCGCCGCGGUCCCGGUCAAAGCUAUUUGAAGCAUGUCUUGGCUGAACAGAUCAAUUCUCUCAUUGAGCUGCAGGAUGUCGAUCUUGAGAUCAAUCCCUUGAAGGUCUACGAAAGCAUGGUUCAGCAGAUUCAUGAGGACACUGGCAGUCUGCCCGACUACCUGCCCAGGGCUGUCACUGCCGAAGUUGCAGCCGAUAACGAACAGGUGCAGGCGAUUAUUGCCCCGCGGUUGAAAAUGCUGACGGAUAUUGCCAACACCUUCAUCACGACUAUAAUCGAUGGGCUCGAGGAUGCUCCGUACGGAAUCCGGUGGAUUUGCAAGCAAAUCCGAAGUCUAUCUCGACGAAAGUACCCAGAUGCUCAAGACCAGACCAUCUGUACGCUUAUUGGAGGUUUCUUUUUCCUUCGCUUCAUCAACCCUGCUAUCGUGACGCCUCGGUCCUACAUGCUCAUUGAGGCCACUCCCACCGACAAGCCGCGCCGUACCUUGACUCUUAUUGCCAAGAUGCUGCAGAAUUUGGCUAACAAGCCGUCAUAUGCCAAGGAACCCUACAUGGCCAAACUGGGACCUUUUAUCGACCAAAACAAGGAACGAGUGAACAAGUUCUUGCUUGAUCUCUGCGAAGUUCAGGACUUUUACGAGAGUCUAGAGAUGGACAACUAUGUUGCCCUGACCAAGCGUGACCUGGAGCUGCAGAUCACAUUGAAUGAAGUUUAUGCCACACAUGCGCUGCUCGACAAGCACAGUUCUACACUCGCAGCUUCGGACCAGCAUUCUCACUUGCAAGCUCUUCUGCAAGAGCUCGGUCCAGCACCACCACAGGUACCCCGGAAGGACAACCGUGCGAUUAACUUGCCCCUUUUCAGCAAAUGGGAAACCUCGGUGGAUGACCUCACGGCCGCUUUGGAUAUCACCCAAGAAGAGAUCUACUUCAUGGAAGCCAAAUCAACUUUUGUUCAGAUAUUGCGUACUAUUCCAACCAACUCAACCGUCCUACGGCGGCCCUUGCGUCUCGAUCGCAUUGCCGAAGCAGCUGCAACAUUGAAGAACGAUGCCGUCAUGGUUCGAAAGGGAAUUCGGACAAUGGAGCUCCUCAGCCAGCUUCAAGAGAUGGGCGUUAUUGAUCGAUCCGACGAGUUCGGUCUUUUGCGAGAUGAAGUCGAGCAGGAACUCGUUCAUCUCGGAUCGCUCAAAGAGAAAGUGGUGGAAGAGACCAAGCAAUUGGAAGAGGUGUACCGGACGAUCCGCGAUCACAACGCAUACUUGGUCGGCCAACUGGAAACAUACAAGUCGUAUCUGCAUAACGUGCGAAGCCAGUCUGAGGGCAAGACACGCGGCAAGAAGGAGAAGAACCAGGAACUUGGGCCGUACAAGUUUACCCACCAGCAACUUGAAAAGGAAGGGGUCAUUCGCAAGAGCAAUGUGCCCGAGAACCGGCGAGCCAAUAUUUAUUUCAUGUUUAAGAGUCCUUUGCCGGGCACAUUCGUGAUCAGUCUACACUACAAGGGACGAGCACGCGGUCUUUUAGAGCUAGACUUGAAGCUGGAUGAUCUUUUGGAGAUGCAGAAAGACAGCCAGGAGGACCUUGAUCUUGAAUACGUGCAGUUCAACGUCACCAAAGUCCUGACACUCUUGAACAAACGUUUUUCUCGUAAAAAGGGAUGGUAA